GUUAACGUUAUCAUCAACCCUUUUCUGUGCAAAAGUAAAUUUUUUGUAUUUUUUGAAACUUCUUUAAUGAGCAUUCCGGUUGUUUUGAGACAUUAGAUAGUGGUUGAAAAUUUACUAAUAAAACAUGUAGUUUUUAGAACAAAGUAUUUUACAUGCACAAACCACGUACUUAUUGAACAUUUAAUGUUUUAAUUCAGUUGCACAGCUUGGGGAGAAAUGAGCCAUUCCAUCACGGGUAGGAGUGAACCGCGGCUAACUAAUACUUCACGUUAAAAAAGUUUUGACUUCAGCGUAAAAACAUAUUUACGUUUGGCUUUAAUAUCUUAGUAUAUCAUUAGAAAACUUGUGUGCAACAUUGCAUUUAUUUUUACCACAUGCUAUAAUGCCUCGAGUCUAUAAAAGAACAACUUCAAAAGCAAAAACCUUCAGUAAAAAUAUGAAGGAUGCAUUACAUUCGAUCCAAAAAGGAAAAAGUAGUAGAGAAACUGCAAUAACUUCCAAAAUACCCUAUCCAACUCUUCGUCGUUAUUGGAAAAAAUUUUUGCUUGAUGAAAAUACAAGACUUAGCCCGAAUUAUUAUGUUAAAAGAAUAUUUACAGACAAGCAGGAAUUAGAAUUAAAGGAAUAUAUUUUGACUUGUUCAAGAAUGUUCUAUGGCCUUCCAAUUAAAGAAUGUCGGUGUAUAGCUUUUGAGAUGGCAACCAUUAAUAAAAUUAGUAUUCCACAGAAGUGGCACAAAGACUCAAUGGCAGGUAUUGAUUGGAUGAAUAAUUUUAGAAAGCGACAUCCAGAUUUGUCUCUUAGAACACCUGAAGGUUGUUCUCUCUCAAGGGCAACAUCAUUUAAUGCCCAUAAUGUAAAUAUAUUUUUUGAUAAAUUAAAAGAAAUUCUUGCUAGAUCACCAAUAUUUGCCAAUGGAACUCGGAUUUUUAACCUUGAUGAAACUGGAACUAUUACCGUGCAGAACCCACAAAAGGUUCUUGCAAAGAAAGGUGUGAAGAGUGUCUGCUGA